GCGAGCGAGCGAGCGAGAGAACGAGGGAAGGAGCGGGCGAAGGAGGGAGCGCGCGCCGGAGACGGGAGGGGAAGCCUGCGCCGCCUGCCUUGCCUUGCCUCCACGGCCAAGCAACAGCCCGGUCCGGGUCCGCGCGCCGGGGCAGCCCGCCAGCCUCGUCCCCCGCGAGGAGGUCCCGGGCAAGGCGAGCAGCCCGCCAGGCUGCAGGCUCUGCGGAAAGAAGUUGCGCGCUCAGUUUCCUCGCGGCGCGGAAGGCGAGCGCAUCGGGCGGCCGGGGCAGAGCGGGGCAUGCCCUGAUCCGGAGGAGAAGCGCGCCGGGCGGGCUGUGCGCUCACCACCGGGCUGCCUGGCUCGCUGGCCGGGCUGCCUGGCCGCUUUCGCCGGGGCUGGUGAGCCGGCGGUGUCGCCUGCGCCGCGAGAGGGAUCGGCUGCAUCGCUUUGAUCAGCAUCCUCCUCGGCAUCCUCAGAGUAAGGAGGAAGAGCAAGUAAAUAAGGGAGGGGCAGAACGGGAGAAAAGGUGGAGGGAGAACGAGAGAGACGCGCCGAGAGAAGCAUGGCGAACCCGGACGGAACUGUGAAUUUGUUCUCUGGAGUUGUGAAUUUGCCACCGAGAAACAACACCUCUGCUCUGGAGGAGGAAGCGCCUGCCUUGCCGGCUGCUUGCUGAUUCCCCUUCCACCUCUCCUCUCCCUCCAAAAAAUACGAAUUUGGUGGCUACCUGGGUGCCCGAUGCAUUGUGCGGGGCUUUCUCUGUGUCUUGGUCCUGGGAGAUCGGAUCCUUUCCCGGCUGCUGCUGCUGCUGCUGCUGCAGUUCAUCGGCACACGAAAAAGCGGCAACUGGCUGUCUGGAAGCAAGAGCUCUGAUGUGAUGCAUUCUGCAGUCCUCCCGAGGCAGCAGCAUUCCAUCGUUGAAACCCUGAAACCCUGAGAAGGAGCUAUAAACACAUUAUCAUGGACCUGAGGGAUUUUUACCUGUUGGCUGCCCUGAUUGCCUGUUUAAGGCUGGAUUCUGCUGUGGCUCAAGAACUUAUUUACACCAUCCGAGAGGAGCUACCGGAAAACGUCCCCAUCGGGAACAUACCAAAGGAUCUGAACAUUUCUCACAUCAAUGCCGCCACAGGAACCAGCGCUAGUCUUGUCUACAGACUGGUCUCCAAAGCAGGGGAUUCCCCUUUGGUGAAAGUGUCCAGCACCACAGGGGAGAUCUUUACCACCUCCAACAGAAUCGACAGAGAGAGACUCUGUGCAGGAGCUGCCUAUGCUGAAGAGAAUGAGUGCUUCUUUGAACUGGAGGUGGUGAUUCUCCCAAACGACUUUUUUCGGCUGAUCAAGAUCAAAAUAAUUGUGAAGGAUACCAAUGACAAUGCCCCCAUGUUUCCCUCCCCUGUCAUCAACAUCUCCAUACCUGAAAACACUCUGAUCAACAGCCGCUUUCCGAUCCCGUCAGCCACGGACCCCGACACUGGCUUCAAUGGGGUACAGCACUAUGAACUUUUGAAUGGGCAAAGUGUCUUUGGGCUGGAUAUCGUGGAAACUCCAGAAGGGGAGAAGUGGCCUCAGCUGAUUGUGCAGCAGAACUUAGACAGGGAGCACAAAGAUACCUAUGUGAUGAAAAUCAAAGUCGAGGAUGGAGGAACCCCCCAGAAAUCCAGCACAGCUAUCCUCCAGGUCACAGUAAGUGAUGUCAAUGACAACAGGCCGGUUUUUAAAGAGAGUCAGGUGGAGGUUCACAUACCAGAGAAUGCCCCUGUAGGUACCUCGGUCAUUCAGCUGCAUGCCACAGACGCAGAUAUAGGAAGCAAUGCGGAAAUCAGAUAUAUUUUUGGUGCCCAGGUUGCUCCUGCAACUAAAAGACUCUUUGCUUUAAACAACACAACUGGGCUGGUGACAGUUCAGAGGGCCUUAGACCGAGAGGAGACUGCCAUCCACAAGGUGACAGUGCUGGCCAGUGAUGGUAGCUCGACACCUGCCCGGGCAACUGUUUCCAUCAAUGUGACUGAUGUUAAUGAUAACCCCCCUAACAUAGACCUCAGGUACAUUAUAAGUCCCAUCAAUGGCACAGUGUACUUAUCUGAGAAAGACCCCAUCAAUACCAAGAUUGCCCUAAUUACGGUCUCAGAUAAGGAUACUGAUGUGAAUGGCAAAGUGAUCUGUUUCAUUGAGAGAGAAGUGCCAUUCCACUUGAAGGCUGUUUAUGACAACCAGUACUUGCUAGAGACCUCUUCCUUGCUGGACUAUGAGGGCACCAAAGAAUUCAGCUUUAAGAUAGUUGCCUCCGAUUCCGGCAAGCCCAGUUUGAACCAGACUGCCCUAGUAAGAGUUAAGCUGGAAGACGAAAAUGACAACCCGCCAAUUUUCAGCCAGCCUGUAAUUGAGCUGUCCGUUUCCGAAAACAACCGCCGGGGUCUGUACUUAACAACUAUUAGUGCCACAGAUGAGGACAGUGGGAAAAAUGCAGACAUUGUUUAUCAGCUUGGCCCCAACGCCUCCUUUUUUGAUUUGGAUCGAAAGACAGGGGUUUUGACAGCUUCCCGAGUCUUUGACAGAGAGGAGCAGGAGAGGUUCAUUUUUACUGUUACGGCCCGAGACAAUGGCACCCCUCCCCUGCAGAGUCAAGCUGCUGUAAUCGUGACAGUAUUGGACGAGAAUGACAACAGUCCCAAAUUUACUCAUAACCAUUUUCAGUUUUUUGUGUCGGAGAACUUACCAAAGUAUAGCACCGUAGGAGUGAUCACGGUGACUGAUGCAGAUGCAGGAGAAAAUAAAGCUGUGACUCUUUCCAUCCUGAACGACAAUGAGAACUUUGUUCUGGAUCCUUACUCUGGAGUUAUAAAGUCCAACGUUUCUUUUGACCGAGAGCAGCAGAGUUCCUACACCUUUGACGUCAAGGCCAUCGAUGGAGGACAGCCGCCUCGUUCUUCUACUGCAAAAGUCACUAUAAAUGUCAUGGAUGUUAAUGACAACAGCCCUGUGGUCAUCUACCCACCUUCAAAUACUUCUUUUAAGCUGGUGCCUCUCUCUGCAAUCCCUGGCUCUGUUGUGGCUGAAGUGUUUGCCGUUGACAUUGACACGGGAAUGAACGCCGAGCUGAAAUAUACAAUUGUAAGUGGAAACAACAAAGGUUUGUUUCGUAUUGAUCCGGUGACGGGUAACAUUACCCUGGAAGAAAAACCUACUCCUACUGAUGUAGGGCUGCAUCGAUUAGUGGUCAAUAUCAGUGACCUGGGUUAUCCUAAAUCUCUGCAUACCCUUGUCCUUGUGUUUUUGUACGUCAAUGACACGGCUGGAAAUGCCUCUUAUAUCUAUGACUUGAUCCGCAGGACUAUGGAAACACCUUUGGACAGGAACAUCGGCGACAGUAGCCAGCCUUAUCAAAAUGAGGACUACCUUACAAUCAUGAUUGCUAUUGUGGCAGGUGCCAUGGUGGUCAUUGUGGUGAUAUUUGUCACUGUUCUGGUUCGCUGCCGCCACGCCUCCCGCUUCAAAGCUGCCCAGAGGAGCAAGCAAGGGGCUGAGUGGAUGUCUCCCAACCAGGAGAACAAACAGAACAAGAAAAAGAAGCGGAAGAAAAGGAAGUCUCCCAAGAGUUCCCUGUUGAAUUUUGUUACCAUUGAGGAAUCCAAACCGGAGGAUGCCGUUCAUGAACCUAUCAACGGGACCAUUAGCCUUCCAGCUGAGCUGGAAGAGCAAGGUAUAGGAAGAUUUGACUGGGGCACGGCCCCGCCCACCACCUUUAAGCCUAACAGCCCUGACCUUGCUAAGCAUUACAAAUCUGCCUCUCCGCAGUCCGCUUUCCAUCUUAAGCCUGACACUCCCGUGUCGGUGAAAAAGCACCACGUGAUUCAGGAACUCCCUUUGGACAACACCUUUGUUGGGGGUUGUGAUACCCUUUCCAAACGCUCUUCCACUAGUUCAGAUCACUUCAGUGCCUCAGAGUGCAGUUCCCAAGGAGGCUUCAAGACAAAGGGCCCCUUGCACACCAGACAGGUAAACGAGCACUUUUACUGGUCUAUAAGUACUGCAUACAAGUGCCCACUCAACCAGUACUAAAGUGCCAGGAUAUAUUUUCUUUCACUGUAAUUUUAGCUUAGUUAUAAUAUGCAUAGAGCAAAGCGGGGGAAAUACCUGUCCCUUUAGUAUCUCUCUGGGGCAGGACUAUGCAUUUUUAGAAUGAAUAUGAUGGUCCAAAGUUGUAAGUUGCCAACUUUUUUUGUUUUAGAAAGAAUGACAUGCACACACUCAUGUACAAGUUCAUUCAUGCUGUCACACGGACACCUAUGGUACCUACAUAGGCAGAGGUUAAAGGCAAUUGUAUGAAGUUUGUCAAUAACAUCUUAGUAUAGAGGUUUUCUGAAGAAGAAAACAUAUUUUUCAGUCUGCCAAUUUCAACUCAAAGGGAAAAAAUAUAUCUACAUAUAUAUUGAACGUUUCAGGAUUAAAUGUGUUAGCUUCUGAUAAAAGAAAAGUUGGUUACACACGAGACUGGCUUAAGUUUCUUUUGUUUUUGUUUAUUUCAAACUGAUUUGGAACAUUUGUAAGCUAUUGUUGUUCAGGGGGUUAAUUUUUGUCCUCACAAAGGCUCAAAGAUUGUGUUGCACUGUGUUUGUUUGGCAGGCUAUAACUAAGCUAUCAGGAAGUCUUCCUCUGUUUUGAAUUACAACGAUUUUUUGUUGUACAGUAGUAAAGUUGCGUGUCUGUUAGACAAGAGGAUUUUUGUU